AUGUGUCCGGAAGGGUUGCCGCAGGCCGUCACCAGCUGCCGCUCCGUCUGCGAACAGGUGAAAGCGGACUGCUCAUCAAUUCUGGAAGAAUUCGGUAUCUCAUGGCCUGAGCCGUUGGACUGCUCACGAUUUCCACAAGAGCCAGAUUUAUGCAUGAAUCCUGACGAGAAUCGUCACGGCUAUGAAAAGACGUAUGUAUGCGAAUUUUUGAGGCUUCAACCCUUAGAAAUAGUUCCUGAUUGUUGCAGGUCCCUUCACCGCCACCGUCUGCGUCCGUCGUCACUUUCGUGUCCGCACGAUCUUCUCGACGUCGAUCCGAUGGACAACGAAGGCGUAUGUGCGUAUAAAUGCGGAGCGGAUGUGAUGUUCACCAGCGAGGAGAAGGCAGCCGCGAGAACCUGGAUGGUCAUGUGGGGCGGGUUUGACUUCAUCGUCAGUUUAUUAACUUUCCUCACAUUUCUCAUCGAAAGAACUCGUUUUCGAUUUCCAGAACGGUAUUUGUCAGCCUCUAGAAAAUGGGUCCCAGAAGGAAUAGAUGCUUGUUCCAUCUACUUGCAUCUUGUCGCGUGGGGAACAGCCGCCCUGAUGACUAUAGCUGUUCUUGUAUUGCAAAAGGUGGACGCAUCCGAGCUUUCCGGCAUCUGCUCUGUCGGCAACACGGAUCCUACUGCUCUAAUGGCGUUCUCCUUGUUACCACGAUCGGUGCUCGUGCUUACUGGGGCCUGUUUCGUGAUUGCAGGUUUCGCGAGCAUGUGCCGCGAGCGUGACAGCUUUCGAAGACGGGGUACCGAUACGUCGAAAUUGGACAAAUUGAUGUUCAAAAUGGGUCUCUUCUGUCUACUGUACAUUUUUCCAAGUGUAACACAGAUUCUUUGCGAUAUCUAUGCCUAUAAUACUGUGAAGAGAUGGUAUCCAACAACAAUUGGCUGCAAAAGCAGUGGAGGAGUCGAAGGGGGACACUGCCAUCGUCCACAUUUACCACAGGCAGAGAUUUACCACCUGAACUUGAUGAUGUCGCUGGCAAUUGGAGCUUCGUGUGCAAUGUGGGUGUUGUCGCCGAAGACGUUGUUGUCCUGGCAUCGAGUACUUUGUUGUGGCAUGUGCCGUACAGCACCACAGAAACCAUCAACAACGGUCUCGGCAACUCGUCCGCUUCUCGAGCCGCCAACGGCUCCACCGCCACAUCCGCCGUCUCAUUAUGUACCAAUGUCGACGCACAACAAGAAUCAGAAUACGUGGCGACCGUCGAAAGUAGUCUAG